GUUUCUUCUUCUUUGUUGAAACUUUUUUAGGUGAAGACGUCAGGAAACUCGUCAACUUUCCAACGGGAAACUAAUUUGGAAUUUCUGCGAAAACGAUGGGUAAAGACCAAAAGAUGAAAAAAGCAGCAGCCGCUGCUUCCGCCGCUGCUUCCGCCGCUGCUUCCGCCGCUGCUUCCGCCGCUGCUUCUGCUAACGUUGCCGCAAAAUCAGUUGCAGGUACAUCUGUCAACAACAGCAACAACACUAACGGUGACGAUGCAAUUUCCAAGAAGUCUGACUUAAUUGAAAAUGUAGAGGAUCUGAAGACCUUGUGCGAAAAAUUGCAAUCGCUUGUCCCGAACUCCGGCAGCGCCUCAUCCUCAACGGACAGCGAUGAUGAGCCCUACUCCGAGCAGAUGCUACUCUCGGACUUGCGCGCCGGCAACUUCAUGUCGAAGCCAAAGUGGUCGCGUGGCGAGAGGAAGGCACGACGCCUACUCAUGAAACUGGACUUGCAGCGCAUUCCGAAUGUGUCGCGUGUCGCGAUGCGUAAGAGCAACAAUAUGCUGCUGUACAUCGAUAAGCCGGAUGUCUUCCAGUGCCCCAGGAGCAAGACAUUCAUCUUUUUCGGUGAGGUGCAGAUCGAUAAUGCCUCAAAUGCAGCCACCUCCCAGGCAGCCGAACGCUAUAUCAACAAUGGGAAAUCGUCGCAUCAGUCACCGGAUGCACUUAUUGUGAACAACAAUGAUGAUGAGGACAUUGAUGUGCAUGCACUUGGCGGCGCUUUGGAUGAAAAGGAUAUCGAUCUGGUCGAAAUGCAGGCGGGCUGUUCCCGCAAGCAAGCCAUCAAGGCGCUGGUGAAGCACAAUAGCGAUGUCGUUAAUGCCAUCAUGGAGCUAACUGUCGGCGCAGAACAAAAUGUCUAGUCACACAAUUCUAAUUCAUAGAUGAAUAUAUAUUACAUAUACGUCAUGAACGCAGCUGAUAUAUUUUCUUUCUUGUAAUAGUCACCGUUCUAGAUCAAACUCAUUAUAAAAAAAAAAUGUCUUUCCAA